AAAGGAAACUCCAUUUUUAAAGGAAAAAUGGCUAAAAUAUGCCGGGGAUCAAUAGAUGGACUUCAAGUCCAAACUCACAAGAAAAUAUGCGUUUCCCAAGAAUGACAAUGAAAACAAUGAUAGUGACAAUGAUAUCGGCAUGGAAAAACCUUGGGAGAAGUAUCUAUUCAUUGAUUAUGACACAUGGAAGAGAUUUGUUCACAGUAGACACGAUCCUAAAUUUUUGGAAAAAAGUCAAAGGGGUCAAAAGCGUCGGAAGAAAAAUCUAUAUAACCAUACUAUGUCUCGAGGAGGGUAUGCAUAUGUUUAUGACAUAAUGACUCAAGAGAAGUGGAAAGAAAAAAGACAAGCGGCGAGAGUUGAUAAUGUUAAAGAUGUUUCUCCUCCAUCUCUUAUUAAUCGUGCACAAUCAUGAAAAGAGGACGGAUGACUAAAAAAGGAGAGUAUAUUUCCCCGAAAGCUAGAGAAGUAGUUGAAAAAAUUGUAAGUAUUUUUAUAGUCAACAUCUCAAUUAUAUGAUUUAAGUCUACUAAUUGCAUUGGUUGAUUACAUGUUCCAAGAUGCUCUUACAGGAGCAUCCUCUCAGGGGACUUUUG